AUGGUUUGCUCAAGCCUUAUUGUUCUGGCUUUUGCCAUGAAAGCUAUUGCAAGUCCUCUCAGUUCCAGUGAGCUCACUGCAACUACAAUUCCCCCGGAGGUUUUGCCUCAGCGGACACUUGCUCCGACUCCCAAGAUGGGUUUUGAGCUUCGUGACCUCGCCAUUACGACAACACUCGGCGUCAAAUGCACUGUCACUAAGGUGGUGGGCAGCCCCGUCCAGGGGGACCUGACUCUGACCAAGUACCCCUACACAAUCACAACUACGGCGGCAACGGAGUGCCACGGCUGCAAACUGAGCGUUAUCACUCGCUCAGUGAUUACGUUCGAACCAGUCAAGUACACUAAAACGGUCACAGCUCCUGAUCCAACAACGGAAUACAACUGGGUAUGUUUGCCGACUGGCUUGGCAGCGUAG